AUGGCCCCGCACCGCAUCCACGUCGCCGUUCUAGACGCCGACAUCCCCUGCCAAUCCGUCUACGCCAAACGCGGCCUCUACAGCUCCCAAUUCAAGAACAUUCUCCAAGCCGCCGCAACACGGCUCAACAAGAAUAUCAGGGACCCCUCAUCCCCACUAUCCGUGCACAUCACAGCCUUCGACGCAGUAGGCGGAACCCUCCCACCACUCGAAUGUCUACGCACCACGCCGCAAAAUGCAGCAGAGCCUCGCACUCCACCAGCCUUCAGCGCCAUCGACGCAAUCCUAAUCAGCGGCUCUUCGGCAUCGGCCUAUGACCCGUACCCGUGGAUUAGCUCUCUGGCAACAUUCAUUCAAAUCGUGCACAGAGACUAUCCGCUCGUUAAAUUCUUCGGUUCAUGCUUUGGACAUCAGAUUAUUGCGCAAGCUCUUCUCUCCGCUCGCCCAGACGGACUAGGACUCGGCCUUGCCCUUGGAAAUGAUGCCGCUCAAGCAAUAACCCAAUCCUUCCACGUGGAACACUCACCAAGGGGCUUCGAGAUGGGCAUCCAACCUAUUACCCUGAAUCCGGAAUUCACAGCCUACUUCCCACCCCUCGCGCGUCACACGACCAGUCCAUUCCGCAUCCAACUAAUUCACGGCGACAUCGUCGUCCCCUUGGACGAAAAAGAUCCCCAACUCCCGGCGCCAUGGAUGAAUAUCGGAUACAGCGCAUCCUGCCAGAUCCAAGGCCUGUACCUGCCCGGUCGAAUUUUGACGUAUCAGGGCCACUUUGAAUUCGACGCUUGGCUGAAUGCGGAGCUUUGUCGGUACUUUGGGCAGAGGUUUAGGUGGGAGCAGGGGGAUGUUGAGGAGUAUGUUGGGUUUAUUGAGCGGUCAGUUGGGUCUGGGUGCGAUUUGGGGGAUGGGUCUGGGUUACAGGAUGAUGAUGAUGAUUCUAGGGCUGCGGCUGAGGCGGUGCUUUUCUUGUUUGCUGGGUUGGAUGGGAAGGGUCGGGGUCAAGGUCAAGUUCAGGUUGGUGCUAAGGCUGGGACUUUGGAGGUUGAUGGGAUGUUGACACCACCGUUGGAGGGGAGCGGGUGA